GAUGGUCUCGCAGCCCUGAGGCGGGCCCGGUCACCCUCGCGGCUCCGUGCAGGCCCUCGGCCGGCCCGUCGCUUCUAGCGGCGCGGUUGCCUCGCGUCUCUUAUUCCUUUUCCCCUAAAGCCUCUGCGCGGCUCGACGGACGCAAUGCCCCGUUAUUGCGCCGCGUUUAGCUGUAAGAACCGCCGAGGACGAAACAAUAAAGACCGGAAACUGAGUUUCUACCCGUUUCCUCUCCAUGACAAAGAGAGACUUGAAAAAUGGUUACGGAAUAUGAAACGUGAUACAUGGGUUCCCAGUAAAUACCAGUUCCUGUGCAGUGACCAUUUUACUCCAGACUCACUUGACAUCAGAUGGGGAAUUCGAUAUCUAAAACAAACUGCUGUACCAACUAUUUUUUCUUUACCUGAGGACAGUCAGGAGAAAGACCAUGCAAAAAACAAUCCUCAGGAGGAAAAAGUAGAAGAUGAGAGAGAAAUAUGCCUAAUGGUAAAGUCAGAAGAAUUACCUGCACAAAUGGAACCAAAGAAAAAUAUUUUAAGCACAGAAAAAUUUGAUGGAAGUACAAAUUUACUUUAUUCCUCUUCUUUGAGUGAACCAUUACAAAAGGAUAAGCCACCAGUUUCCAAUAUGGAAAAUCUACAUAAUGACACAUUAACUAUUAAUUCUGCAAUUCCACAACAUAUUGAAAAACCAAAACCUGUUUUAGAAACAGCAGUUGUCCAAGAUUUAGAAGUUAGUAGCUUUCAUACAUCUCUUGAGAACCUCUUAAAUACUACAACUGCUACUUUGAAUGUCUCAAAUCCAGAGCAUGUGCAUCUCUCUGUGGAACCCAGUAAUAUAGUUGAAACAGCUAUAGAUCAUUUCUCUAAUCCAGAUAUCACAGAUAUUUCUGUAUCAACACAGGAAAAUACUGUCUUACUGAGUACAAUUACUCAGACAAUUGAAGAGCUGAAUACAGAUGAAGAAUCAGUUAUUACCAUUUUAGUGCCUACUGAAAGCUCUAAGCCUGAAUCAGCCAGUUCGUUCAUGCCAAUAGAACAAGAGAGAAUAGAUGUGGAAGAUCUAGAUAUCGAAGAUUCCUUAUAUGAUGACACAGACUAUGGAAUUGAAAUACUACAAACUGAGCAUUCUUAUUGUAGACAAGAUAUUAACAGGGAACUUCUUUGGCAAAAAGUUACCAAACUACAUUCAAAGAUAACUCUUCUUGAACUACAAGAGCAGCAAACUCUAGGAAGACUCAAAUCUCUGGAAACUCUUAUAGGACAGCUAAAACAAGAAAACUUGCUAUCUGAAGAAAAACUCAAGAUUGUAGAAAACUGUUUCACAACAUUUGAAGUUACUAUGAUAGAAUAAAAACUUUUUAGAAGCCAUGAUUUUAUAUAACAUCAUUGCAAAUUCUUUGAUUAUCCCUGAGUGAUUUGCAAAGUGACUUUUUUUUUUCAGCAUGAAUCUCAUGUUCUUAAUGACAUUUAUGAAAGUACAAUGUCAUAAAGGGCCUCUUAUUUUCAUAAAACCCAGAAAUUGGAAAUUGCCCUUUAAAGUGAUUGGUUAAAAAGCAUAAUGAGUGAAACAGGGAGGGGGGAAUUUAAAUAUUUGUAUUCUAGCUCAAGGAAGCUUUGUGAAACAAAUUCUGUAAUUUCAUUCUAAUAUUCCAUGUCGAUGUUAACACUGUAAAGGAGCAACAUCCUAUGGUAAUUAUGUAAUGAUGAAUUUAUUGUAAAAUAUGUCUGAAUCCUAAAGAUUGAACUUCUGUUCUGUAAAGUGAGAAAAACACUUUAGAUGGGAGUCAGUAAACCUGUGAUGUAGUUACACAGCUUGCUAUUGGCUAGCUGUAUAAACUUGGGAAAAAUCACAUAUAUUUCAGGUGUCUCAUCUGUAAAAUAAGGGAAUUAGAUCAGGGGAUCUUGUCAGCCAUAAAUUUCUGUUUCCAUUAGACCCUUCCCUACUUAAGAGCAUUAUACACAGAGAUUUACUUAUUUUAUAAUACAUCUUGAUCAUAAUUGUUGCUUAUGUUGUCUAGAUAGCCUCGGUAUUCAUUUUUAUAAGAAUUCCUAUUUGGUUUGACCUUUCAACUGCAGUACAUUUCUGUAAUAAAGUGUGCCCCAGGAUUGUUUUGUUUUCAUUUGAACUGCAUUGUAAACUGGGCACCACCAUCUUUACAUUAUGCCCAAUUAUGUUCUUGGGAGAAGAUUCUCUUAAAUCUUAAGGAUUAUUUCUUGCAUUAUAAAUGUACCUUGUGUGGUGGGCUGUUGUAAUAAUCUCCUGGGAGCUAUAUAAAAGAAUAUCAACUGUAUCCUUUUAUUUCAUAAAUACAAGGGAUGAAUUAAUAAAUGGAAAUUUUAAAAUAUAAUUUU